ACCUCCGUCGCUUCCGGAAGUGGCCUCCGUCGCUUCCGGAAGUGGCCUCCGUCGCUUCCGGGGCCCGGGGCCGCUUCCGGCCUGGGGGCGGCGUGGCCCUCCAGCGGCGGCUGCGCGCAGUGCUCUGCAGCUGCGGCGGGGACUCUCCUCGGGGCUUCCGACCGGCCGGAGAAGUAGCCAUGUCUGCCGUGGGCACCGCAGCGCCCUACCUGCAUCACCCCGGCGACGGGCACGCGGGCCGGCUGAGCUUCCUGGGGGCCCAGCUCCCCCCGCAAGUGGCCGCAAUGCCGCGGCUCCUGGGCGACCUGGACAGAGGCACCUUCAGAAAGCUGUUGAAGCUGGUGGUGAGCAGUCUGCAGGGAGAGGACUGCCGGGAGGCCGUGCAGCGCCUCGGGGCGGCCGCAGACCUGCCAGAGGAACGGCUGGGUGCCCUCCUCGCAGGCACACAUACGCUGCUCCAACAGGCCCUCCGGCUGCCCGCCGCCAGCCUGAAGCCCGAUGCCUUCAAGGACCAGCUCCAGGAGCUCUGCGUUCCCCAAGACCUGGUCACGGACUUGGCCAGCGUGGUGUUUGGGAGCCAGCGGCGGCUCCUCAACUCUGCGGCGGGGCAGCGGGGGGCCUGGCUGCCCCGUGUCGCCGGCUUGCGGUGGAGAGUGGAUGUGGCCAUCUCCACCAGUGCCCUGGCCCGCUCCCUGCAGCCGAGCGUCCUGAUGCAGCUGCAGCUGUCGGAUGGGUCAGCCUACCGCUUUGAGGUCCCCGCCGCCAAGUUCCAGGAGCUGCGGUACAGCGUGGCGCUGGUGCUGAAGGAGAUGGCCGACCUGGAGAAGAAGUGCGAGCUCAAACUGCAGGACUGACCGGGCUUGUAGCCCCACCACAGUCACCUGGGAAGAGCCGGCCCUUCCAGGAGGCGUCCUCAGUGAGAUGUAAGAAUCUCCUCAAGUCCUACUCUGUUCAGUUGAGGAGGUUGUAUUUUCCCUUUUUAUUGGAAAUAAAGCAACAACAAAAAAAGUGUCCUGGGAGGGCAUCACACUGCA